AUGGCCAGCCAGUUAUGCUUCCCUGUCGCUCCCCACCUCUCGUCCUCAAAACCCUUGAAGCCACACUUCGGAGUUCAACUGGGCCUCUGUGUGGCGAUCCAGCGCAGCGACGGACGGAUCCACCACGCUGUGGUGACCGAGAUCAAAAGAGAAAAUGCUUGGGUCGCCGUAGAGUGGGUUGAAAAAGGAGUCAAAAAAGGCAAGAAGGUUGAUCUAGAGACCAUAUUCCUACUGAAUCCAGCUCUGGUUUCUGUUGAACAGCCCCCACCGUCCAGGUCAUUGCCCUCCUUGUCUCUAGGGCCCUCUUCGGCCAUCGGGGACCAGCGCAAAGCCACGCAGUGGAUUGCAACAAUCCCCCAGAAAAACGAAACGCCCUCAGGGGACAGCCUGACUGUGAGAGUCCCCAGCAAUCCUUGCCUGAUGAAGCAGAAAAAGUCUCCCUGCCUUCGGGAAGUUGAGAAACUGCAAAAGCAGCGGGAGAAGCGCAGGCAGCUGCAGAUGGAGAUCAGAGCCCAACGUGCCCUCAGAGUCAACACGGGAAAUCCCAACUACGAGAUGUUGCGCAUGAUCGAAGAGUACCGCAGGCACCUGGACCUCAGCAAGGUGUCCCUCCUGGAACCGCGGGAAGACCAUCGCAUCUGCGUCUGCGUGAGAAAGCGGCCUCUCAGCCAGCAAGAGACCACCAUGAAGGACCUGGAUAUCAUCACCAUCCCCUCCAACAACGUGGUCAUGGUACACGAGUCCAAGCAAAAGGUGGACCUCACUCGCUACCUGGAGAACCAGAUCUUUUGCUUCGAUCAUGCCUUCGAUGACACCGCCUCCAACGAGUUAGUGUACCAGUUCACUGCCCAGCCACUGGUGGAGUCCAUCUUCCGCAAGGGCAUGGCCACCUGCUUUGCCUAUGGGCAGACGGGCAGUGGGAAAACGCAUACGAUGGGCGGAACUUUUUCUGGAAGGGACCAAGAUUGUUCUAAAGGCAUUUAUGCCCUGGUGGCGCAGGAUGUCUUCUUCCUACUCAAAACCUUGACUUAUGAGAAGCUAGACCUCAAAGUCUAUGGGAGCUUUUUUGAGAUUUACGGGGGCAAGGUUUAUGAUUUGUUGAACUGGAAGAAGAAGUUGCAAGUCCUUGAGGAUGGCAAUCAGCAAAUCCAGGUGGUCGGGCUGCAGGAACAGGAGGUAUGUUGUGUGGAGGACGUGCUGCACCUCGUGGAACUAGGGAACAGCUGCCGGACUUCAGGACAGACCUCUGUCAACGCCCACUCUUCCAGGAGCCACGCCAUCUUCCAGAUCAUUCUAAAGUCGCGAGGGAAACUGCACGGCAAGUUUUCCCUCGUUGACUUAGCUGGGAACGAAAGGGGAGCAGACACUGCCAAGGCCAACCGGAAAAGGCAGCUGGAAGGGGCGGAGAUCAAUAAGAGUCUCCUGGCUCUCAAAGAAUGCAUUCGGGCUUUGGGUCAGCACAAGUCCCAUACCCCAUUCAGAGCCAGCAAACUCACACAGGUGCUCCGGGACUCCUUCAUAGGCCAGAACUCCUCCACUUGCAUGAUUGCUACUAUUUCUCCAGGGAUGACCUCUUGCGAAAACACCCUCAACACUUUAAGAUAUGCAAAUAGAGUAAAAGAAUUAACUCUUGAUUUAAGGCCCCACCAUCGUUGUCUCUAUCCAGUUGGACAGGAGGUGCCUAAGAUGUUGGAAAAACACAUUAGAAAUUCAGAAAUGUCCUUUCAGAGGAAUAAAUUUAUUGAAAGACCUUGUAUACAGACUGAGGAGGAGGAAGAGACUAAAGAAAUGCAACCAGUAGCCACUCCAUUAAUGGAGGAUACAACGAGUUCUGGGAGGAAAUCAAGCCAAUGGCCAGGGACCAACAUCCAGGACACAGCCGAUGGGGUAAACUAUGAUGUUGAUCUUUGCAUUGCCCAGUUAUUGUCCAUUUUGGAGCAGAAAGUAGAUAUUCUGGCUGAGAUUCAAAAGAAACUGAAAUUAUUACGAGCUGACUUCCAAAAGAAGAGCAAGUCUAGUGAAGCCACUGGCAAGGGAUCAGACCUGAAAUGA